AUGCAAUUCUCCUUCUCCAUAUUAGUAGCAAACAGUGCCCCCCCUCAUCAGAGGCGCCUGUCUGGGGACAUAAGUAAACGCAGCUGCGCGUGGGGGUGUGCAAUAGGUGUAGGUCGGCUUUGUGUGGUUGCGGCGGUGGUGUGGGGGGUCCACCAGUGUGUGGGCAGCCAUUGGGUGCUGGCCCGAGUUGCGUGUUGGUCCCUCUCACGGGCCUCACCCUCCGCCGUGCGUUUAGUACGCCGCACGCUUCCGUUGGGUUGCCCACGCGAACGUGAGCGUCUCUCGGGGCCUCGGAUUCUUUGCCUGGCUGUUUGGGUGGCGGAGGGGUUGUUUCGGGCUGUUUGGUUCUUCUUCUGA